AUGUCUCCUACUAGAAGGAAUAUGAUGUGGUGUCUUUGUGGUUAUAAACUUUUCUAUCAGAUGAAUUUUUUUAUUUAUGCUUUUAUUUUUUGUUUAAAUUCUUUAUGCUUUGAUCUUUCACUUUUUCUCUCUUUCUUUCUUAUUUUCUUCCUUCACUCUUUUCUGCUCCUUUUCUUUCUUCUCCUGUCUUUAUCAACCCUUCCUCACCUUUCCACUUACAUUUUGUGUUUUUCACUCCACAUUCUUCUUUCGUUGUUUUCCUUUAUUUUUUUUUUUUACUUUCUCUUUUCUGUCCUUCCUCCAUUACCGGCUUUCCUUUCUUGCUUAAAUCAUUUUUCUACUUAUUUAUCUUUCUGCUUUUACUCCAUUUUCUUUUUCUUACCUCUCAUUCCCUUUUUCGGAUCUACAAAUUUAUAUAUGCUUUCUUUUUUUAUCUUUUUUUCUUUUUUCUUUACCUGUUGCUCUCUUCAGCUCCAAUUUGCUAUUUCUGCCUCCUUUUCUUCAUAUUUUCAAAUCUCUAACUACCUGUAUCUGUUGCUUUCUCUAUUUUACCUUCUCCUCAUAUGUUUCUUUCUUUUUCUUUUCUACUUUAUCUUUCCCUCUUUUCUUAUCUCCUCUUUAUUUUUCCCAUCACACUUUUUCCUUUCUUUUCAUUUAUUUUCCCUCACAAUCUUUUUUUUCCUCUCUUUCCUUUAUUUUUCUUUCUUUUCCCCUCUUUCCUUUAUUUUUCUUUCUUUUCCCCUCUUUCCUUUAUUUUUCUUUCUUUUCCCCUCUUUCCUUUAUUUUUCUUUCUUUUCCCCUCUUUCCUUUAUUUUUCUUUCUUUUCCCCUCUUUCCUUUAUUUUUCUUUCUUUUCCACUCUUUCCUUUAUUUUUCUUUCUUUUCCCCUCUUUCCUUUAUUUUUCUUUCUUUUCCCUCUUUCCUUUAUUUUUCUUUCUUUUCCUCUCUUUCCUUUAUUUUUCUUUCUUUUCCCCUCUUUCCUUUACUUUUAUUUCUUUUCCCCUCUUUCCUUUAUUUUUAUUUCUUUUCCCCUCUUUCCUUUAUUUUUAUUUCUUUUCCCCUCUUUCCUUUAUUUUUAUUUCUUUUCCUUUCUUCUUUACUUUCAUUUAUUUUAUUUCUUUUCUCUUCCUUCAUUUAUUUCCUCCCUCUUCCUCUUUCUUUGCUUUUCUCCAUUUCCAACAUUUACUUUUCCACUCACACUUUAUUUUUCUUUAUUUUUUCAUUUAUUUCUUCUCAUAAUCUCUUUUCCUAUUUCCUUUCUUCUGUCUUCUCUUUGCCUUUCUCCUAUCCUUUAUUUUUCUUUCACUCUUUCUUUUCCUAUCCUUCACUUUUUUCUUUUCCUUUCUCUCUCUGUUUUUCCUCUAUUUACCUUUGCCUCUUUUUACUUGCAAGUCCCAUGAAAUAUGAAAAAAUUACCAAUGAUAAUUAUUAUAAUAACCUUGUUCAAUUUAAGAAUCCUGGCCUAUUACUUUUAAUCAGAGAAAGUGGGAUGGAAUUAAUGGUUUUCUUUGCAUCUUGA